GGUUUACCUGGGUAAAUGGACUCACACGGGUGUUACAGGCAUUAUUAUGGGAUAGCUGGGAGACUAUAUGGUGGCCUACCAUGAGUUAUAUGCCCGAAGUGUACUCAAAAGAAUUCGUAGCUAUGUGGCCGCGUUGCAGGUGUUAAAACGGGGUUGGGGGUAAAAGGAGAACGGGUAUGGAGGGAGGGGAACGAAGGAGAGGCGUUUUUCGCCCCCAGGUACGCCUUCCCUGUAAUACGCGUGCCGAUGACCCCCCCUCUAUCAGUCCCCUAGGCUCCCGUAGCACCUUGCUUCCUUCACGCGAUGAGACCAAUGCAAAUUAGAACUGAAGUUAAUUUAAGUGUCUAAAACAGUUGACAUGACUCAAUUACCCCCAACAAAAGGUCACGAGGAUCACUUUUGGGCGAAACAACAUGGGGUUUAAACAGGAAUAUUUCGACGAGAAAAUUCCCGGCGAAUUUAUCUGCUCUCAUUGCCACGAUGUAUUUCUGGAACCUGUUGCUUUGGGUUGCCAUCACAUGCUGUGUGCAAAGUGCUACAAAAAAAGAAUGAAACGGAAAGCGUCUGUCUGUCCUGUAUGCAAGAAAGCAUUGUGCUCGAGCGACGAGAAGAUUGAUACAGAGUGGAAGGAACAUUACGAGAACCUGAAAAUUAAUUGUCCUAAAGGCUGCGAAAGAGUACUGUCACUUGGAAACCUUAAUGAUCAUUUUGCUAAUCACUGCCAGUUGACUUUUACGCUUUGCAUCAACAUUGGUUGCGCUCGAAAGGUACGACGAAAAGAUUUAGCUGUACACCUCAAACAGUGCGAAUUCAGAGUUGUUCAAUGUGAAGGAUGCGGCUUCACAACAAAAUAUGUCAAUCUACGAAUGCAUCAGAUCGUUCAGAAGUGUCUCCAAAGAACUAAUUUACACAUGAUUGUGCAGAAUCGCCGGCAAAUGAACGCGCGCGUGAAACAACACCGUUUGAAAUUGCAAGAACAAAGCUUUCAAGUCGAGCUAGAGGAAAGAGAUUUGGAUCGGGCGAAGAUGUGGAGUGCUAUCGCGAGAAAUGACAUUUUAAAAAGAGCAACGACUCCAAACCCUUAUAAAGGAAAAUUUUCCGCUGAACUGCCGGAUAAGGAAAAGGUUUUAUCCCGAUUGGUACACAGUGCUCCAACAUCUCCAGUGAUACCUAGUGUAAGGACGUCUUCAAGUCCGACUAGUACUACCAAGCUAUGUGAAAACUGCAAUAAGCUCUUUAGUGAAUGUCGUAACCAUGGUGAGGCUUGUAGAUGGCACAAAGGGGUAAGUGUUUGUAUGGGAUAUGCAAUAAACAAUUCUGCAGUAAGCUAUUCCGUUCUCCACUUUUUUUUAUAUAUUAGGACUCUAAGGCCCAGUUCAGACGUUGUGCUUUUGCCGCGCUAAACAAAAUUUAUAAAUUAUAUUAAUGUAUUUUGGCGAGAUUGCGUUCCCACAGGGAGUUAGGAGAAGAAUUGUUACGAGGCAUCAGUAUAUCCAGAAUUUGGUUCGACUCUGGCACGACGUCUGAAUCAGAGUUGUUUUCCAGCCAUGCUACAGUCAAACCUAACUGCAAUUUAGUUUGGCACAACAGAAGCAUGACGUCUGAACUGGGCCUAACUUAUUUUAGUUGGAACAAAGUGGAUGUGUCUGUUAUGGGUAUCCAGUCACCUCGCCACCAAGUGAAGUCACCUCACCACCAAACACUAACAAAAAGAUAAACUAGUACGAGUAAAGUAGUCUAGGUGCAUCGUUGAAAUGGACUACGCAUUGCCUUCUUAGCUUUUUUCUCGAUUCGCAUAUGUAGAUUAUUCCUCUUUCUUUUAUCCACUACCUUUUUAGAUUACCCGGGCCAUGGGUUAGAUUAUUGGUGGCAAGGAAACUUCACUUGGCGGCGGGGUGACUUCACUUGGUGGCGAGACUGACUGGUGGCGAGAUGACCGGUAACCCUGUUAUGAUCCCAUAGAAGACCAUUUCACCCCCACCUUCCCCACCCCUGUAGAUGAUUUUAUCUAAGAAGCAUCCAAUAGACAUUUCUGAUGGGACCCAAUGUUUUGCUUUGUCAGCCUCUUUUGAUCUUUAAGGAUAUAUGUGCUUCCAACAGUGUGUGGGAGAAUUGCCUAUUAUUCUGAAGACUAAAGAAAAAUAAUUAAAAUCAAGAGAGACAUCAUAUCAACAUUAUUAUCUUUUUUACUUUGAUUUUUGCUGGGGAGGGUGGUCUCUUUACAGGACCCUAAGUCAGUUACUGGGCCAAGUCAAGGGUCCCCAAUAGGGUUCUUCAAUGGGAAAGUUUUCAUCGCAAAUCCCAAUCUGUCAUGUUUCUUUCAUGAGUCCCUUAUGUCAAUGGAAAAGAUCUCUUUCAAUCCAGGUCCAGUGCAAGCUCUCUUGACUCUCUUGGGGGCUUUCCUCCCCAACAGCCCAGGGCCCAGGAGAGCUUGUUCGUAGGCUAAUUAUCUUUUUUAUAGCUUGUUCCUUUUUUUUGUUCUGUUUUGCCCUUAUUGAACAAGUAGAUUAUGAACUCUAGAUUAGGGGUGAUGAAUUGGUCCUUCAAAAACCAUGGGUCUCGCAAAAUUUUUGCCCAAUUUCACAGGUCUUUCAGUCUCAUUUUUUUAGCGGUAAUGUGCAUCUCGCAGUCUCGAAUUUUUUUAAAGGCUAAGAAAGUCUUGAAGUACCGAUUUGUUUAUAUUCUUAUUUAAGAAAUAGAAAACAUGUAC